AUGAAUCGCCGCGGCUCGGCGUUUCCAGCCCACGCGCUUCGACUAGCAGCAGUCCUAUUCAUCGUCACUGUCGCACCCGCCGCCGCCGCUGGCCGGCGAUUAGAGACACUCGAUACAACGACGAACGCUGCCUCCGCAGGCACCGUGACCUCUGUCGACGCGACACCUGGCGCGUUGGCAUUGGACCUCCUGGCGCUGGCGGUGGACGCGAAGACGCGCGCGCAGAUUAAAGCCCUCGCGCCGCUGCUCGGCAGCGCGGACCUGACGGGCGUCAGCAAGCCGCCCGAGCGCGCGUCGUACUUAACUAAAGACGCGUUCGCGGCGGCGGCGCGCAAGUGGCUCGCGACGGUGAUGAAGCGCGUGCAGAAGAUGAUUCAGCUGGCGGGGGGAGGCGGAGGGAAGGGGCGCGGAUCCAGCAAGGGCAACAGCGGACGCGGGAACACCACAACCGUUGACCGCAGCCUGGGGUACGUUCCCCCUCCCAGCACGGAUCCCGCGAAGCUGCCGAAUCUGAACACGGUGUCGCGCUACCUCACCGUGGGUCUCACGCUCGACCAAACCUCGCAGAAGCUCACCUGGGACUUCCAGAAGAGUGUUGACCACAGCAAGCUGUUCUCGCCUGACGACGAGUUCGACCAGGGCAACUGCGGGUCCUGCUGGGCGUACGCGGCAGCGCGGGCGGUGCAGGGAGCGUAUUUGAAGCUCAAGGAGACGGACGAUGAUGUGUUCCCCAGCGGCGUGCGGCUGUCGGUGCAGCAGCUGGUCGACUGCACCGGCGCUGCUGCCUCGUGCCGGGGGGGGUACCCCGAGGCUGCUCUACAGUAUGCGGCUAAAUACGGGCUGCAGGACGAGGCGGGCUAUGCUUAUACCGGGGCCAGCGGCAAGUGCAGUGUCAACAAGGACUCGGACUCUUACAGCAUCAGCAUGUACGAGCAGGUGCCACUGCCAGGGCCGCUAGACUGGCUGCUGGCCAAUGCUCCCUCUUCCUUACCAUGUGCUUUCUCUUCCCUACCACCCCUCACCACCCCUCUCCACCGCUCUAAGGACUUCUACAACAUCAGCAUGUACGAGCAGGUGCCACUGCCAGGGCCGCUAGACUGGCUGCUGGCCAAUGCUCCCUCUUCCUUACCAUGUGCUUUCUCUUCCCUACCACCCCUCACCACCCCUCUCCACCGCUCUCAGGACUUCUACAACAUCAGCAUGUACGAGCAGGUGCCACUGCCAGGGCCGCUAGACUGGCUGCUGGCCAAUGCUCCCUCUUCCUUACCAUGUGCUUUCUCUUCCCUACCACCCCUUACCACCCCUCUCCACCGCUCUCAGGACAAGUGGAACAUCGCGAUGUACGAGCAGGUGCCACUGCCGGGGCCGCUGGGGCUCAUUCUCGCGCUGCAGAAGCAGCCCGUCAUCGUCACCAUCCGCGCCUCAGCGCAAGACUUUAUCGACUAUGCAGAGGGCAUUUACGAGGGGUGGAAGUGCUACAGCCCCGUGGGAGAAGUUGUUGACGACACGAGGGGCACAGGGAUGGGGGCGACAGCCACAGCCACCAACAACACGGGGCUGCUGGACCACGUGAUGCUGGCCGUGGGGUAUAACUAUGUCGUGCCGGGCAGCGCGCAGAAUUACUUCAUUCUGAAGAACAGCUGGGGGAAAAACUGGGGGGAGAAUGGUUAUAUGAAGAUUCGUAUGGAGGGUGACUCGUUCGGCACGUGCGGCAUGCUGGUGAACCGAGGGCUCUACCCCGUUGUGAAUGAGAUAUCCACGAGCACAUCAGCAGCGGUGCAGGGGACAUACACAGUGCAGGGGGGAGAGACGUGUGGCGGCAUCUACGGCUUCAUCGGCCUCACCCAGGAGCAGUUCAUGCAGCAGAAUAAGGGAGUGGACUGUGACAAUCUCAAGGCGGGUCAAGUACUCAACAUCUCCAUCCCCUCUACGGCUCAAGUGUGCCGCGUGCGCUACACUGUCACCCAGAUCUGCAUCCAAGUGGGUGAUGCAGUCUCAGGAGCAGCGGACUACAACCUGUGCACGGAGUACCAGCCGGUCACUCAGUGGUUCACGUGUGCCACCGCGGUCGCCAACUACGGCAUGUCGUGGCUCGACCUCUACCGCCUCAACCCCGGCAUCAGCUGCGACUCGCUCAGCACGCUCACUGCCUCCGAGAUCUGCGUCGCUGGCACGCCGUUGGGAGCGGUGGCGUGCGGUAAGGCGCGGUCGAGGACGGUGGCGAACCGGAAGUAUACGGUGGUGGCGGGGGACAGCUGUGCGUCGCUGGUGGUGGUGCAGUUCCAGCGCCAGCCGUCGCUCAUGAGCGACCUCAACCGUGGCUGGAUGUGCCGCUCCCAGAGCCUCUUUGCCGGCAUGCCCCUCUGCAUCCCCUCUUAG